CUUGUAAAUAACGAUUAUAUUGUUAUCUACCAAAUUCAUAAUCAUAGUUAAGUUCUUAAUAGUUUCACAGUCUACGUAAGUAUAUUCAUAGAUAGAACUACAUAUUGCAUAAACCUCAUUGAUAUUCACUAAGCAAGCACGAUCCGCACGAUCUCCAAGCCAAACUCGUCAAGGACAGCCCCCAUCCUUAUUAUUACUGUGUUCUAGUUUGGCCAAAAGAAAAAAUACAGGGCAACCCUCCUUCAACUUAAAUUUCAUUGCCACGAAAAUAGAAAAUUUUAUAUUUUUAUAUAUAACAAACUUCAAGUAAAUAUGCCUAUAAAAGAUUUAGAGCAAAUAUUAUCAAAUCGAAUCGAAAAAGGAAAAAAACUCAUUGACACCAGCUCCACAGCCUUGGUCGCUCCAGGAGAAAACUAUGGAGGAGAACUUUUAGGGUUAGAAAUAACGGUUGAAGAUGAAAAUACCAAAGCUAGAGACAUUAUUCACGCUGUAGGUAAAAAAAUUCCUCCAACAAAGCAACUGCAAGAAAGUUUUAACAUUCAAGUAACCUUCAGAGCUGAGAUUCUGUUUUAUGAAAAAAUUGUGCCUAUGCUACGGGAGUUUCAAAAAGAAAAUGGCAUAAAGGAUGUUAUUAAUUGUUUCGUAGAAUUUUAUGGAGGGAGGUUAAAUUUAAAUGGAAGCGAUGUAGUUGACAAAGACGCUGUAAUUAUUAUGGAAAAUCUAAUCACAUCUGGGUACAAAAAUAUAGAUAGACAUAUAGGCUACAACUUAGAAGAAUCUCGAAUAGUAAUAAAAGACCUAGCAAAUUUACAAGCAACAGUUCUAGCUUUAAAACUUAAAAAGCCGGAUGUAUUCCAGAAAGAAAUUAGACCACUAUGCUGCAAUGUAUUAACACCUCCUGGUGAAAGUCAAUUUUCAGAAGUUAUAAAUGUUAUUAGAGACAUUUUGUUAGAAAAUGAUAAAAUAGCAGCGUACGUUCCAAAGGCAAUGGUUAUCUGGAACAAAUACGAAAACAGAAUAUACAAAGCUAGGGAGCCAUUUGUAACCCUCUCUCACUGCGAUCUUUGGGUUAAUAACGCCAUGAUGAAAUACGAAAACGGAAAACCAAUCAAAAACAUUUUCAUAGAUUUCCAACUAUAUUCAUAUAAAUCUCCAGUAAUAGAUCUAUUGAACUUUUUAUUUACAAGCGUCCAAACAGAAGUACUGCAAAAGGAAUUUGAUAAUCUUGUCAAAUUCUACCAUUCAGAGCUUAUAUCGAACCUCCACAAAUUAAACUGUGAUUCGGAACCUUUUUCGUUCUCUAAAUUUGAAGAAGAGUUAGAGAUUGAUGCUGGUUUCGUGUUGAGCUGGACGCUAAUCUUUAUAUCACUUGUUGUUUUCGGAGAAAAAAGGAAACCAGAUCAAGAAGUUAAAGGUAGUGACAUGGAUUUCAAAAGUGAAGAGUUUCUAAAUAAGGUCAGAUCUAUGAUGCCUCAGGGUAAAGAGAGAUUGUAUUUUAUGAUUGAAACUUUUGGUAGGAAAGGUUGGUUGAGAACAGAAUAAAUUAUUUUUAAGA